CGCCAUGUACCAGGAAACCUUCACCGUCAUUGAGAAGUGUCCAAAGCCUGUGGUUGUGGCAGUGCAGGGAGCUUGUGUUGGAGGAAGUGGAUAUUGGCCUAGCAGCUGACGUUGGCACUCUGCAGCGCCUACCUAAAGUCAUUGGGAGCAGCAGCCUGGUGAAUGAGUUGGCUCUGACAGUGAAGAAGAUGUACGCUGAUGAGGCCAAGGAAAGUGGAUUAGUCAGCCGCGUAUUUCCGGACAAGGAGGUGAUGAUGGCUGGAGCUCUGGAGAUGGCAGGGGAGAUAGCAGGCCGCAGCCCUGUGGCUGUCCAGGGAACCAAGGUCAACCUGAUCUACUCCAGAGACCACAGUGUGGCAGAGGGCCUGAACUACAUGGCAACGUGGAACAUGAGCAUGCUGCAGACGGAGGAUGUCAUGAAGUCAGCUGUGGCCUCCAUGGAGAAGAAGAGUCCUAAAACAAUAACUUUCUCCAGGCUCUGAAGCUGAGCUGCAGAAAGAGGCCGGAGUUCCACUUUUCUUAGCCGAUGGAAAGUCAGGGGGAGAAGGGGAAUGGAUGGAGGGGUGGUGUAGAAAGUUAAAUGAAAGGAAUUCCUUUAUCUACUUAACCAGAGUCAAAUGAACUAGUGUUACCAUUGUUAUGUCUCUGCGUCCAGUAUACAGGAAGUUAGAUGUAGUUUGGGGCGUUUGAUAAAGGGCCAUUGCCAAAAUGAUCAACUAUCAAUUUAUAAACAAAUGUAAAAAUGAUCUCUUUUGCCUCCUGACUGCAUAUGUUUGUGUGUUGGUGCCUUUUUGUCUGUAUGAAUCACCCAAAGCAGAGCUGUCUGUAAAGAUGUGUUAUUGUCCUCUCUUGCUGGCUCUGCAUGCAGGAUUCAGGUUGGAUACUCUACCAACCACCCUCACACUAUUGUAAAUGUACAUAAAUGAUUGCAUCAUAAAAAUAUAAAUGAACUGA